AUGUCCCACUUCUACAGCACUCCUACGGUAACUGCACCUUUGGGCAGAUCUGAUCAUCAUGUUAUCAAUUGGAGUAGAAAUACCGACAGUGCUGCUUGUUUGAUAAAGAAAGGAAUAACAAAACGUAAGGUGCGUCGCUUUACCCAGUCAUCGUGUGCGGCGUUUGGAAGAUGGUGCAGUGACCACGUAUGGUUUUCUGAUGUUCAGCAUCCCGAUUCUGCCACCGCUUUGGCUUCUUCUUUUACAUCUGAACUUAGCUCCGCCAUUGACCUCUUUUUCCCUACCAAAACCAUUAAGAUUCAUGCAACUGACAAACCAUGGAUGACGCCAAUGUUGAAACAGUUGAUUAUCCAAAGACAGCGUGCAUUCCACAGCGGCGACCGUGCAGUUUGGUUACAUCAUAGGGAUAAGGUACAAAGAGAAAUUUCAUCACAAAAGCAUACGUAUUACGCCAGGAAGAUUCAAAAUCUAAAAAAUAGCAACCCAAGGCAAUGGUGGAACUACAUUAAACAGAUCACCGGUAAGGAAAAGUCAACGCCUAAUUUUGACAUUACCAGCGAUGGGGUACCAAUGUCCGAUCUUGAGUUGUGUGGUAAACUAAAUGAGCACUUUUUAUCAGCCAGCGCUGACCUUCCUCCUCUCGACCUUGGUACUUUGCCUGCGUACCUUCCAGCUCCCGAACCCGCACCAUCUAUCUCAAUCGCACAGGUCUGUUUUAAACUGCUCAAAAUAAAGGCAUUUAAAUCCAACGGCCCUGAUUGUAUUCCUAAUCGAGUGCUUAGUCAAUAUGCUCAAGAGUUAGCUGAUCCGGUGGCCAAAAUCUUCAACAAGUCUUUAUUGCACUCUGAAUUCCCUAUACCUUGGAAAGAUGCUAACAUCAUCCCAAUCCCGAAAGCCCAACCGAUAACGUGUGAGGAUGAAACCCGUCCAAUUGCCCUCACUGCCACUCUGUCAAAAGUUUUGGAAGACUUCGUUGUUACCUGGAUGAUUGAUGAUGUCAAAGACAAAAUCGAUCCGAAGCAAUUUGGUAGCUUAAGGGGAUCUUCUACAACAUUCUCCCUUAUUGAUAUGAUUAACAACUGGUUGCAGGCACUGGAUAGCCCAAAACGGUAUCUACGUAUUUGUUUUUUGGAUUUCUCCAAAGCUUUUGACAGAAUCAACCAUAACAUUUUGAUUGCGAAACUCAUAGUCCUUGGAGUAAGAAGAUGUUUGAUCCCAUGGAUAUGUGAUUUUCUUUCAAAUCGUCGUCAGGCAGUGAAAAUUAAUGAGUUUCGCUCGGAGUGGGCUUAUGUAAAUGGCGGUGUCCCUCAAGGAAAAAAACUUGGCCCUAUCUUGUUCUUAGUUAUGAUUAAUGAUCUGAAAAUGAAGUCCCUAAACUCCUUUCAUUGGAAAUACGUUGACGAUGUAACGAUUUCUGAGGUUAUAAAAGAAACUGAGGAAUCGCGAUUACAAACUGAACUCAAUGAACUCCAACAAUGGGCAUGUGAGAAUGAUAUGAAACUGAAUGGGUUGAAAUGCAAGAAAAUGGUUGUCAGCUUUUUACGACAAAGUGAUAACUAUACUCCAUUACACAUUAAUGAUCAACAAUUGGAACUGGUUACAUCUUUCAAGAUUUUGGGUUUGACUAUUAAUAAUCACCUUAAAUGGAAUGAUAACGUUGCAAUUAUCGUAAAAAAGCGUCGAAACGCCUUUACAUCCUUCGGGUGUUGCGUCGAUCUGGAAUUCCACCCGCUGACUUGCUCUCAAUCUAUAACGCCUUAA